AAAGAAGGCAGUCGAUACAAUUUUUGAACACAUUCCAUACGAUUUUGCGGUAAAAAUAUAAACAAAAGGUGAAAAAAAUUGAAUUUCUCUUCAAAUUAGGUCAAAAUUUUAAUAAACUUAUGGAAGAAGUUGAAAAUCCUUCAGAAUCAUCAGCUACAAAUUCUCCGCAGCUUCUUCACACAACAGCAAACUUCGAUGCAGAUGAUGUCGACUCAAGUCUCAUUGAAAAAGUCAAAGGAGAUCCGAUCGGAAACACUCUUUACAGUCAACGAUUCGUUCUGGCAACGUUAAUGAAGUUGACCAAAGGCUUGGAAAAGCCAAUUUCCGAAGAUGAGGAUUUCGAAAAGGAUCUUUGUACACUUUGGGAUCAAACAGUUGAGCCGGAUGUCGUUAAAUUCCUUCUCGAAUACAAUUUUUUGGAACUUUUCACAGCUGCUUUGGAUGAAAAUGACCCUCGUUUAACGGAAAUUCUCGUUGGAAUCAUCGCAAAUGCUGUUUCUUUGCCUGAAACGCGAGUCGUGCUCGAAGAAUCUCCCGAAAUUACAUGUACCUUAAUUAGUUUAAUCAGUUCGACAGACUCGUUGAUACUUGUGCAGCUUAUGAGAUUGCUUCAGGGGAUGCUCGUGUUCGAAAAUUCGGGCGACGAGAUGAUUUGGUUUCAGUAUUUCUCGUCUGUGGAAGAUUUUGUGGAUAAAUUUUCGUUUGUUCUUGCAAGUUCGACGAGUAAUACGCUCCUGAAACAUAGUUUGGAUGCACUUUAUGCCAUUUGUGCGAAAUUCGCUGUGAUUGAAAUUAUGCCGGAAGGCGGAAAAAGCACUUUUAUCGACAUGUUUGUGACUUCAACACUCAUCACGGGACUAAUAGAGGCGUUUCGACAAGUUUUGGGCAACAAUCCUGUAGAUUAUGAGGAAGGUCUUUCGAUGCCAACGGAGAAUGAAGUCAAAUUUAUGAGUCUUUUCUUGGAUGUAAAUGUAAUUUUGACGCAAUACAAGGAAAAAAGUCAUGUCGCAUACGAAGAAAAGCUCGUAGACUUCUUAGAAUGCUUGAGUCGUAUCCUUUCGCCUCUCACACAACCAAUUUAUUUGCUUCCCGUAACGACAACUCAUCAAGGCGUCAUCGAAAAUUGCAGCGAUAUCCUUCAAGCGCUCGAUUUUCCAUUAAAUAAUUCAAUUUUUAAACAAUUAUUGAUAAUUUUUAACCUUUUAGCUGAGUCAAAAGAAGCAAAAAAGACGAAAAAAUCCACGGAAAAACAAUCAGAAUGGGAUUCAGACUCUGAAGAUGAUGAAAGUACGGGAAAUAUUGACUUGGAAGAUCUUCAAUGUACGAUUUUGGAGUGUUUAACGAAACUUUCAACAAAAUUCGAGCAAGAAGAAAUCCAUAAAAGGACAUUUUUAGAUGAAAAAUUAAUCAAAACAUUCUUAAAUGGCAUUGAAAAAUGUGAAAAUGUCGAAAGUAUCGACGAUUUAAAAGAUUUACGAGACUUUUUAUCGAAAUUUUUAACGCAAAACGACUCAAAAAUGAAAUAA